AUGCGGAAACAAUCGUUCAUCACCGUUCGGUGGUGGUGGAUUCUGGUGUGCCUCCUUCUGUUUCCAUUGGAGAUGUAUCUGCUGGACUUUAUUGAGGAAGGAGCCGCAAUAACAUUGAUAGAGCCGCCACCACCAUCAUCCACAUCCUCUUCUCCCCUUAGGGAACCGACAAACAAACUUGACAACACUCACACGUACAGUUCCUCCUGCUUCCAAGAGUUGCAAAAACUGGACAAUCAAGAGGUACAAUGGGAAUUUGAAGAUCCCAAAGCCAAGUGCUCCAAAUUGAAAUGGAAACAUGGUAUUAUUGAUCCCAGCAACAGCAAUUCUUCAGCUACUUGCUCGAUACCACCGUUCGAUCCUCGAACCUUUGUUCAAGUAUUUGAAGGUCGAACCUUGGUGUUCGUAGGAGACAGUCUCUCGUCGAUGUACUGUAUGAACUUGCAGGACAUUUUGGCAGGAGCUGGUCUUAAUGCCAACGAGUUGCCUCGGGAUGCCUAUCACAGGACUGAUCCGUUUCGACGGCGGAUAUCCUUUGGAUGUCAGGAAUUUCAGAAUGGGAUCUUGAUAUGUUGUGGAUGGAUUGCAUUUUCAAAUUCAAAAAUGGAACGAAAGCUCUCCAAUCAGGAUUUGUUUUCCGAUGAGAACAACAAUGGGAUUCUAAUGAAUGUAAUGGAACCAUCAGAUUUGGUAAUUUGGAAUGCAGGAGUCCACCAUACACGGAGUUUUCAGGGGACGACUAAUGAUUUGAUCCCAAUGCUACAAAAUAUCUUCUCAUCCUACUCCAAACAAAAGAAGUCCAAAAAACAUUCAUUACCAUCUCUAUGGUGGAAAGAAUCUUAUGCUCAGCACUUUGAGACCGGGCACUGGGAAUCGAGAAAACAAAGAGAAUGUCACGAUAUAUCCAUGCUACCAAUGGAAAAUGAAACUGGCAUCUACAACCAAGUCACAGAGCCUUUGGUUCAACAAUUCCAUAUUCCAGUUAUGCGGGUAUACAAAGCUUCGGUUCCAUUGUAUAUGGCCCACAACAAAUCCAGAGAUUGUACCCAUUAUUGCACUGGGGAUCGUGGCCCGAUGGAUCACGACAAUGCAUUACUGCUGGCUCUAAUCCAAAAUGCGAUUCGAGAAAAGGUACUGCCUCCCAUCACGACGACUCGCACACUCGACUCGAAAUAUGAUUUGCAAAAGCGAUGGCUUUUGCUAAUGUCACACCCUACCAUGUCACUCAUGUCAAAACUAACCGUAUGUGCGCAUCCAAAUCAUUCCGAAAGGAAGCACUAUUGGGAUACAAAGAAGGAUGGACGAAUGCCACAGGCAAUGCGAAAUUGUCUGCCGACUGAUGACGACUAUACUUUUUUCUCCGCCGAAGGAUAUUUCUAA